AUGGAUUCACUUGUCUCCGAUUAUGCUAAGAAGAUAGAGCUAGAGGGUAAAAGUUCUAGAACUUCCAAGGCAGAGCUUGAAAGUCUAGAAACGAAAAUAUUGGAAACCUCUACAAUCGUGUAUAAUAGCAAGAAAGAGAACGAACCACUCGAACUAAAAGUAAAAGCAAAGGCUGCUAGGGAAGAAAAAGCAGCUGAAAAAGCUGAAAAGGAAGCUAGGGAAAAGGAAGCAGCUGAAGCUAAAGCAAAGGCAGCUAAGGAAGCAGAAGAAGCUACAAAGGCAAAGGCAGCUGAAGCUAAAGCAAAGGCAGCUAAGGAAACAGUUGAAGCUACAAAGGCCACAGAAGAGAAGGCAGCAAAAAAGGCCAAAGAAGAGGCUGAAAAAAAGCCCAAGGAAGAAGAGGAAGAAGAGGCUAAAAAAAAGCCCAAGGAAGAAGAGGAAGAAGAAAAGGAAGAGCCGCCUUCUGAUGACGACAAUGACGACAUAGUUAAUAGACUUCGACAUGGGGAGACUAUUACCAAACUAAAGGAGGAUAUUUCUAUAUCAGUAGAAGUUCUCGUCAAAACAUGA